AUGAGGAGCCCAUCAUGCCUGUUCAGCACAGGCGCUGCCCUUCGUAGGGUUUUCAUAACGAACGGCCUCGAAUCGUCACCAGUGUCGUUUGCACCAUCACCUGCACGGCUGUUCCUACCGAAGCUAUACAAUGACCCGCAAGUCCGCACGGCUUUCAUGAUGAGGAAGGCCACAAAUGGAACCCCAGAAGAAGCGAGGGGGGGAGGCCGCGGGCCGAAGACGAAGGGUGCCAAGCUGCCGCGCAACAGGGAGAUUGCCCAACUAUACUCGCUGAUUGUGAUGCGCGAGGACGACAACAAGCUAUCGGAGCCCGUCUCGCCGCAAAAGGUGCUUUCGAGUCUCGAUCCCAUCAACCACACGCUACAAGUGGUGGCGCUACCAGAUCCCGACAACGAAAGGGCCCCGCCGUACCCGAUCUGCCUCGUCAUCGACAAGAAGGCCGAACAGGCGAGGAGUUUGGCGCUGAAGAAGGCAGCGCGCAAGAAGAGCGUGCAGAGCAAGGAGAUGGAGCUCAACUGGGCCAUUGAUCCGCACGACCUCGAGCACCGUAUGCGCCAGCUCAAGGGAUUCCUGGAGAAGGGCAUGCGCGUGCAGAUCAUGCUGGCAACCAAAAGAAGGAAGCGUGUUGCUUCCAAGGACGAGGCCGAGGCGGUCUUGGCUAAGAUCAUGGAGGCGGUGGCUGAGGUGCCCGGUGCGAAAGAGGUUGCGACCAGGGAGGGCGUUCUAUUGAAGACUAUGAAGAUGCAUGUCGAAGGUCGUCAAGGAGGUUGA